CUCUCCCCCCUGCCCCCUUCAUUUCCGCAAGUCCACCUCCUUACCCGCCCAUUUAUCCGGAUCACCCAGCUGAGAAAGAAAACAAUGCUAUAUAUUGGCUAUGGCCAAUGGACCACACCUCCCAAUUUCCUAAGAAGCCAAAGCUUUCAUACCUCUCCCACAUGGCCCAAGCCCAUCUUUUCGGCCCAUCUUCUGACUUCCCCACCCCACCGGCCCACCCCCCGCACUUCAUAAGUCAUCACCUCUCCGCAUACUCUCUCUCUCUCUCCAAAUUCCCAUAUUUGCUUUCUUUCAAUGUCUUUCUGAGAGAAUUCGUAAGUUACUCGGAACCUUCUCGUCGAGAGGGACCGACCCCUGCAGCCGAAAACAUGCAACCAUGGGUCGACGACCUCGCCGACGAUCUCCUGAGCAUGAGCUUCAACUCCACUACUACCGCGACAGAUAUCAACUGCAGUACCAGCUCCGGCUCCGAGACAACCUGGACUGCGUCCAGUUUCGGAUCCAUCUCCACUAAACCACACGCCUCCUCUGGAGACCCCUGCUGGGAUGGGAUUCAGCGCGUUAGAUCGGAAUCCCCUAAUGGUGGACUCGGACUCCAUGACUUGAGAUUCGUCCAGAGACUCGGUAGCGGUGAUAUCGGGAGUGUCUACCUUGUGGAACUAAAAGGCGCCCCGGGGUGUACCUUUGCUGCCAAAGUGAUGGAUAAGAAGGAACUCGCGGCUCGGAACAAAGAAGGUAGAGCGCGGACUGAGAAGGAAAUAUUGGAMAUGCUGGAUCAUCCGUUUCUACCCACGCUUUACGCGAGCUUGGACUCCGCGAAGUGGCCGUGUUUGUUGACCGACUUCUGUCCCGGCGGUGACUUACACGUUCUCCGGCAACGACAGCCUGGGAAGUGGUUCGACGAACAAGCCGUCAGGUUCUACGCAUCCGAGGUGGUAGUCGCUCUGGAGUACGUUCACAUGAUGGGUAUCGUCUACAGAGAUCUCAAGCCCGAAAAUGUGCUUGUGAAAUCGGACGGACACAUCAUGCUGACCGAUUUUGACCUCUCGUUAAAAUGCGAUAAUUCGACAUCAACGGCUCAGAUCGUCUCCGAUCAGAACCCACCGGCCCCAGCCCCGUCUGGUGACUACCCGGCUGACCAACCUCCAUUUAUCUCUGCUUCAUGCAUCCUUCCCAGCUGCAUCGUUCCGGCAGUGUCGUGCUUCCAACCGAAACGCAAGCGCAAGAAGAAACCCGGGCACCGAGGCGGCCCGGAAGUGGUCGCUGAACCGGUCGACCUCAGAUCGAUGUCUUUCGUUGGCACCCACGAGUACCUGGCACCGGAAAUUGUAUCGGGUGAAGGCCAUGGAAGCGCAGUGGAUUGGUGGACACUCGGUAUAUUCAUAUACGAAUUAUUAUACGGGGUGACGCCCUUUAAGGGCAUGGACAAUGAGCUAACCCUAGCCAACAUCGUAGCUCGGGCACUUGAGUUCCCGAAGGAACCGGCUAUCUCGGCGUCGGCGAAGGAUUUGAUCACGCAACUGGUAGUUAAGGAUCCGGCGAGGCGACUAGGGUCGAUGAUGGGCGCGACGGCGAUCAAGCACCACCCGUUCUUCCAAGGUGUGAAUUGGGCACUUUUGAGGUGCACAACACCACCCCACAUCCCGCCACCGUUUAUCAGCCGGCCGGAUAUCUCGGACGACAGUUGCCCUGACACCCCGGUGGAAUACUACUAGAACGAGGACAUUUGCAAUGUUACGUGGAGACAUACUUGAAUUCACACCGGCACCAAAUCAGGUAGAUAUUGUCGUGGCCGCCCAGUCUAUCAACCACAAAACAAGCUGUGGGCCAUAGGCAUGCUUUGGGUUGGGCUGGGCCCUGGGCCCUGGUUUAAAUACGGCACGAUGGUGGCUUUUUUGCCACCCAAAGUAGUAUUUUCCCAAUGCAAAGAUAUUGUUGUAACUUGUAAGUCAAUUAUUUUGUCGACUGUCGAUGCUGGACUACCGGCAGACAUGUACAUUUAAAAAACUAAAGAAUACUGUUGGCACGUAUAGCGUCACUUGGCGGGACCGGGGUGGGGGGUCGUUACUGGUUUACCAAUUGCUAAGUGCAACUAUGAAAGUGCUUAAUUGGUUACAAUUUUGCGUUUGCUUGCACCAAGCGUGCCACA